GAGAGAGAGAGUGUGUGUGUGUGUGUGUGUAAGAGACGCGCUGACAGGAAGUCCUCCUGAGAUGGAAACGCGGUUCUCCGGAGUCCCACAUGCCUGACUUUCGCUCCCCUGCGUUUCAUCACUGAGGUUUCCGCGUCUCCAGGGUGUCAUGUGACUCCGGCGUCCUGCGCUAAAAUCAUUCCUCAGGUUGUGGUAUCCAGGGCCGGUGACGUUCUCACGCUACACCGUGCUGCUUCCUGGACUCUUUAGGAGACGUCUCACUGUGUAAGCUGGACGACCCAUCAUCAUCAUCAUCAUCGUCGUCGUCGUCGUUGUCAUGGACACGGCGGUGGAUCCCAAACCACGCCCCUCAGUCAUGCCAUUCAUGACCCAGAGCUCCAUUCCUCCUCUGUCCUGUGCUCCUUCGAGGUCAGAUGGUAACCGCCCCCGGGCAUUGUGGCCGCCCCUGGACUUCACGCUGGGGUCUCUGGCAUGCUGCGGCGCCUGUGUGUUCACCAACCCGCUGGAGGUGGUGAAGACUCGCCUCCAGCUGCAGGGGGAGCUACAGGCGCGCGGCUCGUAUAAACCGCACUACCGAGGGGUGCUGCAGGCUCUCUGGCUAGUGGGACUGACGGAUGGGCUGCGCGGCCUGCAGAAGGGCCUCGGCGCCGGACUGCUCUAUCAGGCGCUCAUGAACGGCAUCCGGCUCAGCUUCUACUCGUACACGCAGGUCUCAGGGAUCACGGACGUGCCCGGCGGUAACGUGGCAUCGGGGGCAGCUGCUGGGGCUUUAGGGGCCUUCAUCGCCUCUCCUGCUUACCUGGUAAAGACACACCUGCAGGCUCAGACAGUGAAAGCCAUCGCUGUGGGUCACCAGCACAACCACCAGGGAAUCUCCAGCGCCUUCCUGACCAUCUACAGGCGCGAGGGCGUGGCGGGUCUGUGGCGCGGCGUGAACGGUGCCGUACCGAGGGUCAUGGUGGGCUCAGCGGCUCAGCUCGGCACCUUCAGCUCAGCCAAAGAGUGGCUCAUGCAGACGCAGCGCUUCAGUCCCGACAGCUGGCUCGUCGCUCUGAUGGCGGCCACAGUUAGCGGCGUUGCCGUGGCGAUCACCAUGACGCCGUUCGACGUCAUCAGCACGAGGCUUUACAACCAGCCUGUGGACGAGCUGAAGAAGGGCCGGUUCUACUCCGGGUUCCUGGACUGCCUGGUGAAGGUGAGCCGUACCGAGGGGGUUCUGGGUCUGUAUAAGGGGAUGGGUCCUGUGUUCAUGCGUCUGGCGCCUCACACCGUGCUCAGCAUGCUGCUGUGGGACGUCAUGAGGCAGAAAGCUCUGAAGCACUACGCUCUCUGAGGAGAACAUCAGAUAUCCAUCGGGGUUCUCAGGGUCCUACUCUGUCCUACUCGGUCCUGCAGCCUUGUCUAGUCUCGCUCACACACAGGAGAAAAAAAGUCUCGAGGUCUUUCUUCACUCCUUUCAUCUCUUUCUCUGGAAUCGAAACGUUCUCUCCAAACAUUCUGGGAACUCCUGAGAACUUCCCCUGAAUUAAAGUUCAACAUGCUGUUAAUUAGCCAAAGUAGCCGAUGAUGUCACACAGUAAACUCAAUUUGUGGAAAUCCUCGCUGUUCGGUUGGCAGAAGAAGAAAGAAGAAAUGUAUUAUUUAUCCCCCUGGACAUGAAGGGCUUUAUUGAUUUCUCAGGAGAUUUAACACAACAACUGUGGAGAAGAACAUCGGGAUUCUCUACUGGGUUCCUGUAAGUGUGUGUGUGUGUGUGUGUCAGUCAAUCACUUCAUAUUAACGAGCUAACAGAAAGAAAAUGAUUCCAUAAAUAACCCAAGGUGUUCAUGGCAAAAGUACUGGCGCCCCUGUAAAUGUGUGUGCAGUGGUCGAGCUGCAUUACUGUAAGAUUUAGCGCAGGCUGCAUUAGGGGGCGCUCUUUCACCAUUCAGACAGCACUUCCCGUUGGUGGGCGUGGUUAUCUGAAAAUGAGCCGUGCUUGGGAACUUGCACAUGGUUUCUGUUUCUCAAGAGAUACUUUAUAAACCUAGUUUAGGUAAAAAUAAUGAAAAAGGAUCUCAGGACUUCCAGCUGUGGUUGAAAGGGUUCAUCAGGGUGUGUGUUCAUGUGUGUGUGUGUGUGUGUGUGUGUGUGUGAGAGAGAGAGAGAGAAAGAGAUGCAGUUUAUUUUUCUUUAAUGAACAAACUGAACGCUGCAGGCUGAUGAACACUCGAAGGCCGACCGACUGCUGGCGUGUUGAUGAAGAACGUUAAAAUUAAUUCAGUUGAAAUCCUGAACUGAACUGAAGGUGUUAAAGUAGAAUUAAUUCUUAAUUGUUUAUUUUUUUUAAAGAAUUGAAUCUGCUAUAAAAAGAAUUAUGUUAAGACA